AUGUCAUUUACGACAGAUUCUCUCUAUCCCAAGUCUCUUCGGCCUGAAUAUCCAAGCGAGGAGCAAGCCAUGACUGGCGGUACCUGGGAGAAUAACUUCUUUACUUUUGGGGCCCUCGAUGAUCAGCGGGACUGGACAUGGACCGGAAGUUUGGACAUCCCGCCGGAGCACUUCAGAGAUCGGUGGAACCAGCUUGAGGAUUAUGUCUACACUGGGCCUGCCGUGCCAGAUGAUCCGGAGAAAAGGACAAGUGGGCUCGAAGAUCGUGCAGAAAUCAGACAGCGUCAUUGUGGGGGUGGCUCGGUGUUCAUCUCUACAUGCCCAGAAGAUUGGACUGUAAAUUGGGGCCCCGGUCUUCUCACCAUGCUCAAGCAAGAAAUGCAAGGCCAUGAUCCCAACUACCGCUGUUACGGGCAUAUCGACAUUAUUGAUUUCGUUACCUAUCGAUGGGAGCUAGCGCAGUUGACCGAUUUGUUCGUGGCCAGGUUCAGGCUAGUUGCGCCUUGGGUUCAGCCUUGUAUCUUAUGGACGCGUGGCAGCUGGCAAACAUUUGCAACGCAGAGAGACAAGGGAUAUUACGAGCGGCACUACAACGCGUUCCGACUUCUUGUGGGCAUCAAGUUCCUGCUCGAGCCCACCGAAAGCCAGGGACCCUCUUUUGCCCGUAUCAUUCACUACUUGGCCGCAACCAUUGCAUGGACGCCGAAUCUCUCUGACGCACAAAGGGAUGAAGUUGUUGAACACUUGGUGGAUGAUAUGCAGAGGUACAAGAAUUUCUGCCUAGAAGAGGCAGAUGGAAAACAGUUGUUAAUCGCCUCGGGAUGUCUCGCAUUUACGUCGAAAUGCGCCCGCAUGGCAGCGGUUUCAGGUGAAUCAGAUGACGAGAUACCGCAAACACAAGAACAGGACGCUAUGUUGGCUAGUCAACUCGACAGUCUGAUGGAAAAAUACGAUGCUACAAGGGAAACCGUCACAGAGCUCGCUUUGGAAUUCCAAAAGACAUGGUAUAGGGCCGUGGACCAAUUACUACCUCCUCUUCGGUAUGAAAAUUACGACGACUUUUCGUAUGAGCACGCCACCGACUAG